AUGUAUCGCACACCGGAACCGGAAAGAAGCAGACCCCAAAUUGAUAUUGAGGAAUCACCAAAUCAAGCAACAAGCAAUAAUUUGCAGCAAAAUUUUAAUUCAGACGGUCAAGAUUCAAUAGAAGUUGCACGCGUAGUUAAAUUACCUCCUUUCUGGAAGGAGAAUCCAAUCCUCUGGUUUAAACAAGUCGAAGCAGCAUUUGCUGUGUCAAGAAUUACAAAUGACGAUUCGAGGUUCCGCUAUGUUAUUCUUAAUUUGGAGCAAGCAGUACUACCUAUUGUAUCGGAUAUUUUGGAAUCCCCGCCGGAUUUUGGAAAGUACGAGGCUUUGAAGAACAGGAUUAUUAGUGUUCUUGCAGAAACCAACGAGUCAAGACUACGAAAGCUUUUGCAUGGUCAUGAUUUGGGUGAUGAAAAACCUUCUGUUUUCUUACAAAAAAUGAGACACCUUGCUUCAGGUCAGUGUUCAGACUCAGUAUUACGUAGUCUAUUUUUAGAACAAAUGCCUUCAAAUAUUAGAACAAUCUUGACAAUUUCCGAAACACCAGAUCUCUCAAAAUUAGCGCUGCAAGCUGAUAAAAUUAUAGAAAUGACUCGUGGAAAUAAUAUCUCAUCAGUUGAUCCUGUUAAUUCUAUUUCAAAUUUAGUCGAUAAAGAUUCGCUUGCAAAACAAGUUGCAGAAUUGAAAAGUUUGGUCGAAACUCUUUCUGUAGAUGUUAACAGAAAUAGAGACAGAUUUAGACAUCAUAGCAAAUAUCGACAUCGAUCAAAUUCUAGAAGACGUUAUAAUAAUUUUAAUAAUUAUAAUUCCAAUAACAAUCAUAAUUUGCAACAAGUAUGCUUCUUUCAUAAGAAGUUUGGUAAAUUAGCUAGAAAAUGUCAACAACCUUGUAAUUUUGGUCAGGAAGAGGAAAACUACACAAGCCAUCGUCAGUAA